CCUGGUGUGGUGCAGUAGCUGUGAACCCACAUCUCACAUGGUCAGUACUCAGUACCCCGCCCGAAGACAGGCAAACAGCCAGAAAGCUUUAUAACUUCACGGUUUAACCCAACGCUCCCUCUGCAGUCUGCGCCCAAAAUCUACCGCCAUAAUUACAAGACGACGACGAACAAACCAAUAUCUCUCUCCCGCACCUCUCAACCUCAAGAAAACGAAAUGGAAGCCCCUAAUUAUUUGUUUAUCAUUACCUAAUCCAUCUACCCUAAUCGCCAAAUUAAAAAUCAGCCGAGAAAACAGAGUCACCCUCACCCCGCGACCCCCUCAUAUGAUUCCCAUCGGGAUUAGUUCUCUGUCAUUAUUAAAAAGAUGCAGACUUCAGACCACCCCCGCCAUAGCUAUUACUAAGCUCUGAACAAAGGAAGGAAAAAGGAAGCAUCUUUCUCAUCCAAUCAAUGGCGCCAUCUUCUUAUUCAUCUUCUCCUCUUUCGUCCUCUUCCCCUGUUUCGCCCAACCCUCCUCCCCCUCCACCGCCAUUGCUAUCGUCCUCCUACCACUUCUCCCACUUCACUCCCAUUCAGGAAUGCGAGAGAGAAGAGCAGGAGGACGAUUACAGCGAGUCGAGGAGCCAGCCCAGAUCGACUCCCAAGCUCCACCCCACUCCGCUGCACGAGAGGAAGGAGCAGAAGAGCAAGAUUUCCGGCGGACGGGGCAGCAAGAAGCGGCAGGAUUCCGGUAGGGAGAGUUCGCGUUCUUCCGAUGACGGUUCGGUGUCCUGCAACAAGUGCCGCCCUCACGCUAGGGAGAAGAUCUUCGUGGUUCCUCUGGACAGCAGCAACAGCAAUGGCGGAUUGAGCAGGCACUCGUUUCCUUCCUCGAUUCCCAGCCCCAACGGGAUUUUCAAAUCUAUUUUCUCUUCCCUUGCGAGGAAAAGCCCCAAAUCGUCCCCCGCCGACCGCGGCGUUGGCGGCGGGGAUAGUGCCUCGUCGGCGAGGGAGGAGCAGUGGAAAUUGGCCGUCGCGGAGCUCUCCCACAAGCUGAUUCAGACGACGAGGAAGAGAGACGAGGCGAUCCUCGAGGCUUCCCGGCUGAAAUACUCCAUGACCGAGCUCGAGAAGAAGCUCAACAAGCUCGAAAUCUACUGCCGCAACUUGAAAUCGGGCCUCGACGAGUGCAGCAGCGGCAGCAACAACAUCUCGCCUUCCCCGUACUCCUCCCUCUACAACCCCAAAACCCUCGACGACGGCGGCAACAAGCUCAUCGUCGACCAAUUCCUCCUCGCCGUCUCCGAAUCCAGAUCCUCCGUCCGGGUCCUGACCCGAGCCCUGACCCUUCAGCUCCGACAGAUGGGCGCAGGCAAGGUGUUCGACAAAUUGUCCGCCUUGCUCCACCCCUACGACGUCAAAAUCUCUCUCUCCAAAAACCCCAAGGGGGUCGUCUUCUACCUCGAGUCCCUCCUCAACCGAGCCUUCUUCGAAGACUUCGAGACCAUAGCCUUCCAGAAAAGCUCCAACCUCCAGAUCCUGAACCCAAUCGACAGAUGCGAAGCAAAUUACUCCCUCUUCGAGACCCUGAAAGAGCUGACGUGGGAGGAAGUCCUGAGCAAAGGGACGCGCCAUUUCAGCGAGGAGUUCAGCAGGUUCUGCGACAGGAAGAUGAACGAGAUCGUGGCGAUGCUGGGCUGGAACCGAGCCUGGCCGGAGCCAUUGCUCCAGGCUUUCUUCGGAGCUUCAAAAGCCGUCUGGUUAGUUCACCUGCUAGCCAACUCGGUCCACCCAGGACUUCCCGUGUUUCGGGUGGACCGAGGUGUGGGAUUCGAGUCGGUUUACAUGGAGGAUAUGGGUGGAGAUCGAGCCAGGAAGCUGGUCCCAGCCACGGUUCGAAUCAUGGUCGCCCCCGGGUUCUAUGUCUAUGGGAACGUCGUCAAGUGCAAGGUUCUGUGCAGGUACCAUAACUAUGGUAGCAGUAGUAGUACUAGUAGUGUGAUUACGUGCAAUCCAACUCCGUGAUUUAGAUUGGGUGUUAGUGAUGAAUCCGUAUCGGAUCUGGAUUAUGAUUUGCUUCAUUUUGUGAUACUGUUUUCCGGUUUUACAUGGAGAAUUGAAUUGAAUAUAUUAGCUUGUUGUUCUGAGUGCAGCCAUAGUACGUUUGCAAUAUGAUGGGUAAUAAUGUCUCGAAACGAGUUAUUGUCGAUCGGCUCUUGCAUUUGCCAAGUUUUUCUUCGCAAUCCUGCCGACGAAGUAAUCUAACGAAGUUAGCCAAUAUGUCAUGUUUGCGGAUAAGACAUUCUUUGUGUUGAUUAGUGACAAACAGAAAACGGAAUCCGAAAGAGAAAAGUUGAUGUGGGGAGUUUAGUGGACGGGGAUUGGCGUUUUGUGGGUAAACUUUUGUUGGGUUGGUGAAUUUAGUCGGAUUGGGGGGAUUGUUCUUUUGUCCUUUGUUUUGUUUUCUAGGGUUUGGAGUUUGGACUUGAAGCUCUAUUGUUUUUUUUCCCCCCGUCUUCUUUUAAUCUCUUUUUAUGGGAUCGAAAAAGUCAGCUAUAUAGAAUAAGCAGAAAGGACUGGGGAGGAGGAGGGAAGCUUGGGC